GUUCGGCCAACUCAGCGGCUCCCAGAUACGGGCAAUUUCCCGUCAAAGUGGCAACCAAACCUUAUCUCAUCUCCUGAUUUCUGUCCUUUCGACUCUUGUUCAUCGUUUUCUUUCUCUGACAACGACAGUCUUAUCAUGGCACAGACUCAGAUUCCUACCUUUAAGCUGGUCCUUGUCGGUGAUGGUGGUACCGGCAAGACCACAUUCGUGAAGCGCCAUCUUACUGGUGAAUUCGAGAAGAAGUACAUUGCCACUCUCGGUGUCGAAGUCCACCCACUUUCCUUUUCCACAAAUUUCGGCACGAUCUGUUUCAAUGUCUGGGAUACCGCUGGACAGGAAAAGUUUGGUGGUCUUCGUGAUGGAUAUUACAUCCAGGGCCAGUGUGGCAUCAUCAUGUUCGAUGUCACUUCCAGAAUCACCUAUAAGAACGUCCCAAAUUGGCACCGCGAUCUUGAGCGUGUUUGCGAGAACAUUCCCAUUGUACUGUGCGGAAACAAGGUUGAUGUUAAGGAGCGCAAAGUGAAGACCGGCGCUGUCACAUUUAACCGCAAAAAGAACCUGCCUUACUUUGAAAUCUCUGCCAAAUCUAACUACAACUUCGAGAAACCAUUCCUGUGGCUUGCAAGGAAGCUGGUUGGUAACCAUGACCUAGACUUUGUAGCGGCCCCCGCCCUUGCCCCUGCCGAGGCUCACGUUGACCCUGAGUUGAUGAAACAAUACGAGGAAGAGUUGAAGAAGGCUGAGGCUGUUCCCCUUCCGGAAGAGGAAGAUGACCUGUAAUCUCGUGAAUCACCAUAUACUUACGCUUUGAUACGACCGUUCCAUCCAUACUGUGGUUUUCAUAUUAAAUCGCUCAUCGACCAGCCACCAAUCCAAUCGAUACAUUCUUUCUUAACUCUUUUU